AUCACUUUACCAUACAAUGUCCAUUUCCGUCAAAGACAACGGGGCAGGGGCCUCCCACGAAUUGGCACUCAUCGCAGCGCACUCGCAUAUCCAGGGGCUCGGGUUGGACGCGAACCUCCAGCCGAAAACGGCGGCGGCCAACUCGCAGGGCAUGGUGGGCCAGUUGAAGGCGCGCCGCGCGAUGGGGGUCAUCCAGAAGAUGAUUACUGAGGGAAAAAUUGCGGGCAGGGCUAUUUUGCUCACAGGACCGCCAUCCACGGGGAAGACCGCGCUCGCGAUGGGAUUGGCGCAGGCACUCGGCGCCAACAUUCCGUUCACGUCGAUCACGGGAUCCGAAAUCUUUAGCAAGGAAAUCUCCAAGACGGAGGCGUUGACGCAAUUCUUUAGAAAGUCGAUUGGAGUUACCAUCAAGGAAGAGACCGAGUUGAUCGAGGGUGAGGUUGUGGAGAUCUCCAUCGACCGCUCGCUCACGGGCGGGCACCAGCAGGGCAAGUUGACCAUCAAAACGACCGACAUGGAGACGAUCUACGAAUUGGGUCACAAGAUGAUCGAACAGUUGACCAAGGCAAAGGUCAUUGCCGGCGACAUCAUCUCGAUCGACAAGGCGUCUGGAAAAAUCUCCCGCAUGGGGCGCUCCUUCGCGCGCGCACGCGACUACGACGCGAUGGGCUCGGAUGUCCAGUUCCUUCAGUGUCCGGAGGGCGAGUUGCAGACGCGCAAGACGACAACUCAUGACAUCUCGCUCCACGAGAUUGACGUCAUCAACUCCAGAUCGCAGGGCUUCCUCGCUAUCUUCAGCGGUGACACGGGUGAGAUUCCGUCGCAGGUACGCGACCAGAUCAACACCAAGAUCGCCGAAUGGAAGGAGGAGUCCAAGGCCGAUAUCAACCCCGGGGUGUUGUUUAUCGACGAGUGCCAUAUGUUGGACAUUGAAUGCUUUUCCUUCAUCAACCGUGCCUUGGAGUCCGAAUUAGCGCCGAUUGUCAUCAUGGCGACCAACAAGGGGAUCUCCCGCACGCGCGGCACUAACUACACGUCGCCCCAUGGUCUUCCAAUGGACUUGAUCGAUCGUUCAAUCAUCAUCCAGACCCAGCCGUACGGCCAGGAGGAGCUUGCGUCGAUCUUGGCCAUCCGUGCAAUCGAAGAAGAGGUCGAGUUGGCAACUGAAGCCGUCCAGUUAUUGACCAAGAUCGCCGUAGAGACCAGUUUGAGGUACGCCGCGAACUUGAUCAGUGUCAGUUCCCAGAUCGCGUCCAAGAGAAAGAGCAAGAUUGUCGAAUUGAACGAUGUCAAGCGGUCCUACAUGUUAUUCUUGGACGCCGGCAGAUCUGUCGGCUUCUUGGAGGAGUUUGCCACGCAGUACAUCGACGACGGUGGUAAGGUGCGUAUCAGCCAGGACGAAGACAAAAUGGACACCUCUGCUUAGAGAUUAUGUAUACUAUCAAGGUUUUUUUCCGGAACGACGUAGAAAGUGGGGAUGUUAACAAAAAUCGGAUACCUGUCACAACCGGUGGUAGAAGGAGGGGGCGAUACUGUGAGUUCAGAUGGUGGACGGCGAAUUUUAUAGUACAAAGUUGUUUACUCGUACUGGAUAUAGUUAGAGCCGAGAACGUGGUAACCAAGUCAUUUCCUCAAUAAAUAAAAAAGUAUGUAUAGAACACUAGCAGCGCUGAAUUUAACAUCAAGUCCUCCUGCUCUAAUUAGUGG